AUGAAGAGUACCUUGAUCUGGCUGUUGGCGCUAGCCCUGGUGAGCCUGUGUGCUCGCACGGCACCUCUGCCAUCGGACGCCUACUCCUCCUCAUCUCGGCGCUCGAUUCCUCGCGCGUCUCGCAACGCCGCCCGACUCUCCCACGUCAGACGCGGCGACGCAAGCGCACUUAAAGAAACCGCAGAGUCUGCCGAACACGCCGUCGCCGCCACGAAGAUGAAAGACUGGAAACGACCCAUCGUCAUCACAAUCUCGGCGGUUGGCCUCGCAAUGACGAUCGGAUGGAACUACAUCAGCGCCAAGUCGUUUUUCUCGAACAGAGCCAAGUACUACCGUGAGAAGAAGAGGCUGGAAGAAGAGAGAAAGAAGCCACCGCCCCAGGUGGGUGAUACGAUGUGUACAGUGCAGACGUACUAUACCGGGGAUCAGGUAGAGAGCAGGAAGCCUACGCUGGUCAAAGCGCCGUGUUAUGUAUUGGGGCAACAACAGAGCAUGGGGCAGCAGAGUUCGGCGGUACAGAACACGGCGCAGCAACAAGGAGCCGUUGUACCUCAGCAACCAGAACAUAUUGCGUCCACAGGUGGCGGCUCGUCGAGUUCAUCCUUGACUGCCAUGUUGAACCGUGGUGGCGGCAUUAGCAAUGGUGAUGGAGGGGCACAGGCCCCGACCUUCUCACCCCAACCUCAGCCGCCCGUGGUCUUCACAGCUCAAGAUGUCAGUACCGAUGCUAAACCCGGCGCUUCUUCGACGGUCGAACCCGCUCCUGCGCCUGAUGUUGAUCAUAAUAGCGGCACCCCUAUCGAUGGACCUCUGAACAAGCGCGGUCUUACAUCUGUCACCAGCCUCGAAGCUGCGCACGGAAUCGAAGCAGCUUCCCAUGAGAUCGAGGAAGUAGCACUCGAAGUGCCUUCUCCAUCCCCACCAUCUUCCCCCUCUACCUCGCCAACCUCGUCGCUGCGCACGUCCGACGACAUCCCUCUCCUGCCACUCGACGUACGCGGACGAACACGCUUCGUCUUCUCCCCCUCCGGCGCUGCACGAGCACGUGGCCGUCCUGGUUUCCCCGUAGCACGCCCCUUUGACCCCGUCGAGUUCUCUCCAGCGUUCGACGACCAGCAGCACUCCGACGUUGCGCACGACGACGCGCUGCCCAAGAUCGCGGCGGACGACAAGAAGGACAGGGUAAGCUCCCCCAGACUCAAGUCGAAGCUGAACAGGUGGAAGGUGUGGAGCAAGCUCCAAGGCGCGAAGAAGAUCAAGACCGAAGACAUUACGUUCGGGCUGACGGUGCUCAACACGAUCGGUAACAUUCCGAGUCUCAUUCUCACCACGAUCAACGCCAUGUACUAUCGAGGCAAUCCCAAGGUGGACUGA